UCUCGCGAUAGUUGCUGUAGCUGAAAAUCCUUGGAGCAAAGCAGGGAGCAUGACAUGUCAACAAAGCAGAUAAUUUAUCACCACACAGGCAUGUAAGGGUGUGCUGGUGUGGAAUAGCCUGACAGGUAACUUCACCUGGGCCUACGCCUCCUCCACCAGCAUUCUCAACUGCUGUGUCCAUGACAACCCCUCCACUAGUGUCGCCUUUUGGCGGGCAGCCUCCGCCACCGCAGCAGCAGCAGCAACAGCAGCAGCAGCAGCAGCAGGCCCAGGCAGCACGUGAUGUCAACACGGCCUCUCUGUGUCGCAUCGGCCAGGAGACGGUCCAAGACAUUGUCCUCAGGACCAUGGAGAUCUUCCAGCUCCUCAGGAACAUGCAGCUGCCUAAUGGAGUCACUUACAACCCCAACACCCACGGUGACAGGCUGGGUAAACUACAAGAGCACCUACGGAUGCUUUCUGUGCUGUUUCGCAAGCUGCGCCUCGUCUACGACAAAUGCAAUGAAAACUGCGCCGGGAUGGACCCCAUACCUCCAGAGCAACUGAUACCCUUCGUGGAGGACGACAGCUCUAAACAAGAGGAUCGCUCAGCUGGCCAGAGCCGCCCUGCCACCGAGGAGAGGAGAGAAAUCCUGGAGGUCAACAAGAAGUUGAAGCAGAAGAACCAGCAGUUGAAGCAGAUCAUGGACCAACUCCGCAACCUCAUCUGGGAGAUCAACUCCAUGCUGGCUGUCAGGAGCUGAGCCACACACCCUCAAACACCCAUUCAUAUACCCCACACACACACACACACACACACACACACACACACACACACACACACACACACACACACACACACACACACACACACACACACACACACACACACACAAACACAAACACAAACUCCCUCGCAUACAUUUACUAUAAAUAAUGAAAAGGAAGAUUUGGUCAUUAACUGGACGUGGGACGGGGUACCACAGGCUGGCUGAGGCUGCACUUUACAGAAGAAAUUGGGACAUUGGCAAUAUCAAACAGUAUCCAGAAGACAUGACAACAAUAGAUGAAAAAGGAGAGGGGAAACAUGAAGACGGGUGCGGGUGACACCAGUGUGGCCGAUGGCAGAAAAUAUUCUGUCUACCUCGAUGUUCUGCAUUUCAAUCAACGUUAUGAUUGAAUUAAUUUGAAGAGUUGAUAUAUUAUGUUUUAUCUAUUAGUAGGUACUAGCUCUAUAGAGGGUUAAUGCCUGUAGGAACACAUUGAUAUAUUCUAUUUAAUCCUAAAAUUGGAAUUGUUUGAAACCCUAAAUUUUAAAAGCUUUUAUAUGACCCCCUAGACACUUUAAUAAGAAAGACAUACACUGUGGCAAAGUUAUGAGUCUUAUCCUUGCUAUAUUCCUCUGCUUUUUUUUAUUAAUUCGAUGUAAUAUGUAAACUCAUCUAUGCUCCGCUCUGAUUGGACUUGACCUGUCAAUACGAUGUCUUGUUAAGGAUUCCGCUAAACUAUAAAUUUUGCUGUGAUUUUUAAAAAAGUCAACGCUGUUUGUGCUGUGGUUUUUGUUUGUUGGUGUGUCUGUUGUCCAAUUCGUCCGUAUUUAUUGAGCAUUUUAGAAUCACGUGCUAAAAGUGAAUCUAUAUUAUAACAAUUAUAACUUUUUACCGGCCGAUCGUAUCGUAAACAUAAACCAACAAUGUUGAUAUGGAUUCUAAUAUCUCCUGAUAUGUCAACCUGAGACAGAUUUAUCAGUCUAGCUCCUGUGGGAACCUGCCUUCGCCCAUUGACAGCUGAGAUCGGCUCCAGCACCCCUGCGACCCUUAACUGGAUAAGCAGGUUACGGAAAAUGAAUGAAUGAAUAAAUGAAUGAAUUAACUAUUAAAUUAAAAAUAACCC